AUGACAGAAAACGGAAAAGGAGAUGAAAUCAAGGAGUUGUCAGAAUCUAGGGGUCAGUUCCACAUCAGUCUCACUGAGCUGCGAUCAGGGGAGAUAACCCUCAGCAAGGGAUGUAUAAAGAAAGGGCACGGUAUUGUGAGACCAAUGGAGGACAGCGUUUGUACAGUUAGAAUAGAAAAUGUAUUGUUUGAGGAAGGUGAUCACGUGAUUCGAAAUGAAGUACAAAAGAUUCACAUUGGAGAACGUGACACAGAUGUUGAUGAUGUAGUUGAUAAGUGUUUACGAAGCAUGACAGAGGGCGAAAUCAGUACAUUUGUGUCUGUGUCACAGAGUGAAGGUACAGAUCUUGAAAAUGGUGGAGGUACAAGCAAGAUGGAAGGAGCUGAUAAAAGCAAAAGUGAAUCUGGACCAUGCAAACUUGAAGCAGACCUUUCAAAAAUUGAGACUGUCCCAUCCCAACUUCAACCAGACCCAUCCAAAACUGGACCAGACCCAUCCAAAACUCGACAAAACCCAUCCAAAACUCGACCAGACCCAUCCAAAAUUGAUUUGAAGAUCGAACUUAUUUCAGUAGACAAGCCAGGUUUUCAAACAUGGCAGCUCAGCCCAGAAGAAAAACUGACCAAAGUACUUAGCCUGAAGGAGAGAGGAAACAGCCUGUACAGAUCUGGCGAUAUCUGUUUAGCCUUCAGCCGAUACAGAAAAGCAAUAAAGGUGUUGAUAUCUAUGUUGCCAGAGAGCAGUAUUCCUGAGGACAGUUUGAUAGAUUUCACACAAGCGCGUUGCCAUUGCUACUUGAACUUGGCGGCUUGUCAAGUGAAGUCUAAAAAGUGGCAGUAUGUUGUGGAAAAUUGUACUAAAGUUUUAAAGAUUCAGCCGAACAAUGUGAAAGCUUUGUAUCGUAGAGGAUACGCAUACCAGCAAACAGAAGACUUUAAUUCAGCGAAAUUAGAUCUUCAGCGGUGUCUGAAACAGGAGCCUAAAAACAAAUCUGUGCUGAUUGCGCUACAAGAAAUCGCAUUGAAAGCGAAUGAAAAAUCAGACAGUUCGCUUGAUGCACAUGUGAACGAAAAUUAAAACAAAAGUGUGAAUUUAUUUCGCACUGGUCUCGGGACCCAGUGUAAUUAGGCCAAAUAGCAGUUUUUGAGUAUGACACAUACAGAUCUGAGUUAUCGCAUCAUGGUAAAAACCAUGCCUUGAUCCUGUGUUUUAAGGCAUUGUUUCCCUCGCCACUCAUUCAUAAUUCUAUAUAUUUUAUAUGAUUUACAUGGGAAGUUUUUUGACACCUGAAACUUGAUAUGGACUGGAGAAUAAUUUAAGGACAAAAUUUACGGGACAAAAAAAAUAACUGAUCUCAAUCCUGGGCUAGUUCUUUGCUAAAGUCUGCAGUGUUGUGGCAUAGACAUAAAUGGCUGUCGCCUGUACAACACCUACGCAUGUGCACUUAAAACAGCUAACAAAUGUGUAAUCUGCAGUGAGGAGUGAUAUCCGACUAGAAAAUGUAAAUGACCUUUAUUUGCCUCGUCUUUUUGGGGUGAAUUUGUUAGGGCAAAUAUAGUAACUCCUGUUUCCUGCUAGUUCUGGGAUUAUCUGCAUUUCUGAAAGCUAAGCUGAGAAGAAUGAAGCAGAUCUACUGUAAUUUUUUAACUUUUUGCAUGUUUGCAAGGUGUUUAUUUAAGCAUAUUCUGAAGGCAUUUUUUGUGUUGACUAAUACAAUUAUACUUUUUUUGAGGUCCAGAAACUGGUCAAUCUAACAAAUGUAGUUUUGUCUUAACAAUCAAAGUGAUAAUGUGCAUAAAUUACACUGAAAGUUCCUCUUUCAUGUGCAAAAAGGUUGAGGAAAUAGGUAAGAUCUAGUUUCCCGCACACUUACAUGUUAGGAGGUUGAAAAGAUGGGACGUACAUGAACAUGUAGGUUGUAAGAUGAGAAUGCUUGUCCCCCCCACCACCCCACCCCCACCAGAGUGUCAUUGUCCAGCAGUACAUGUACCUCAGUGUGAAGACAACUGUAACAGUGUGUUUAUUGCUGCAGCAGUGAAUGUGAUAUGUACCCAUGGUUAUCAUGCAGCUGAAAUAUACAGUGAUGAAAAGUUGUAAUAUUCACGGCUUUGUGUAUUGCUAUGUGUU